AUGGCACCGCCAACCAAAAGAAAAGCACACUCAAAAGUUGUUUUGAGUAAGAGAUGGUCAACAGGAAAUUUUCAAGCCACAACAACACAACAACAACCAGAUUCAUCAACAAGUGAAGAAGAAGUAUAUUCAGGUCCAGAACCAAUUAAAUUCACGAAAAAGAAAGUUUUAUCUGAUAUCGGCGAUUUAUUCACAUUAUGCACACAAGAAGGAAGCCGAAAAUACUUAUUAACAAUGAUUUAUAUGUUGUUACGUCAUCUUGAAUACAGCUGGAGAAAAACAGAUGAGAUUUUGGAUACAAUUGGAUCAAUGAAAUGUGAAACUGCACAUAAGUGGGCCGAUUUAUUUUUGGAUGGUGAUUUUGAAGAAUUUAUAGGUGAAAAUCGCGGUGGACAACGAACACAGAGUUUUUUUGACGUAUAUCCUGAAUUGGAGUUGGAAGCAAGGGCAUUUGUCGUUGAUGAAUGUUCCAAAAAAGCUAGCAGUUUUACCGUCGAAUCAUUAGCCAAAUUUCUGGACGAUCGUCUUUAUGAAAUUAAUGGAUUACAAAAAACAGCACAACAAUUAAUUAGAUCAAUUGAAAUGUACAGAAUCGAUAUUAGACGAUGGGGAGGAAGAAAUGAAGCCAACAAAAAUCGUCCGUAUUUUGAGGGCCACGAAAGACCAGACGUCCAACAACAUCGAAAAGAAUUUAUUGAUCAUUUUUUAUCCAACAAAACUGAAUAUUAUUUAUUGAACGAUGAGGAAGUGCCAAAAUGGCUCCAGCCAACAGCACCAAAGCCCAGAGUUUUGAUUUGUCACGAUGAAUCUACCUUUCGUAGUGGAGAGGUUAAUGCGCGUAGAUGGGUGAUCGAUGAUUCGGCACCCUUUUUUAGCAAAGGUCGUGGCCGAAGCUACAUGAUUUCCGAUUUUUUGGUCAUCCAUCCAUCGUCACCUUAUUUUCAAUUAAGUCCAGCUGAAUGGAAUCAAGCAACUCAACGAUAUCCAAAAUUAUUGGAAGAAGUAGAUAUUAUUUAUGAAAAAUUUUCGGCAUCAGCAGCAAUAAAUAUUGGAAGUGAUUUAUAUAUGGACAACGAAUUGAUUUUAGAACAAUUUGAACGAUUAUUUCAAAUGUUACAGUUCAAAGAAGAAUACAAGACGCAUACUAUUGAAGUGUUAGUGGAUAAUGCAAGAACUCAUACUAGCAAGAAAUUUAGUGUUAAUGAUUUUAAUAUGAAACCAGGUACCCGGUGUCCAGUUCAAUCAAUUGAAUAUUUAGAUCCAGCUACAAAUCAACGAAAAACAAUCAAUUGUUAUUUUACAGAUGGUGAGAACAAAGGAAAAUCACGUGGAUUACUCAACAUUGCAUUGAACUUGGGAUUGAAGGUACCGUUAAAUUGCAAACUUCAACAAUUAAAAGAAUUAGUUAGCCAACAUCCAGCAUUCCAAAAUGUUACAAAAUUAGAAAAAUUAGGGAUGCAGUAUGGAAUUCAAGUGUUAUAUGUGCCAAAAUAUCAUUGUGAAUUAAAUCCUAUUGAAGGUUAUUGGUGUCAUAUGAAACAAUUUGUUCGCAAACACAAUGAUCAAACAUUCCACAAGAUGGUAUCAUUAAUUGGUGAAGCAAGAAAAAAUUUUGAAGCUCGUCAAAUAUAUUUAAAAUUAUGUAGAAGAUUCUGGACAACAUUAAUAGCAUACAAUGAUGGUAAAGAUUACAAACAAGUAUUGCAAAUUGUAAAAGUAAGCUACUAUAUGAGAGUGAAAAGGUUGAAUGAAAGCGAUGAAAAGUAUGUACAACGUUACAAUCGAUCGUUUAAUUUACGUUUUUAUGAUUUUGAAGAGCGCAAAGAUGAACAUGUUAAAAGUCGUAUGAUGAAUUUUCUCAAUACGCAUAUGGAUCUCAAGAUGAAUGUGGAUAUUAUUGAAAAUUGCCAUCGUCUACCGACUGCGAAUCAACAGCAAACGAAACCGCGACCUGUUAUCGUUCGCUUCCAUUCUCGACCCGUUCGACAACAUAUAUUAUCGUCUCUUGGUCAACUAAAAGGGAAAAAGCUAAAUAUCACUAUUGUCGAAGAUCUAACACCAUUGGCUUUAAAUCUGUACUAUCGUACACGUGAUCGACUUCGAGAUAAUGAGAAAAAACGAGUUAUUACUAGAAACGGUCGUAUUUUUGUUCGUAAUCCUGACAAAUCACUGACAUUAAUUACUGAAUGA